ACAGACUCAAAGGUCCGGGCUCAUGGACUCUCAGCUCGGCGCGUCAGACUCGCAGCGGAACGAUGUGGCUGCUGGAUGUGUUCCUGCCGUUUGUCAGGCUGUAUCUGUGCGGCUUYAAAGUCCUUGUUUACCAGAUGUUUAACCGCUCCUUCACGCUGCCAGUCUUACCCAAACAAUGUGGAAGGUUUGCCAUAGUGACCGGUGGGACCAGAGGGAUGGGUUUCGAGACAGCAAAACACCUGGCGAGUCUUGGCAUGCAUGUUAUAAUAGCUGGGAACGAAAGAGAAGAAGGCUCUGCUGCCGUCAGGAGGAUAAACAAAGAAUGCAGCGAAGGAAAAGCUGAGUUUGUCUUUGUGGACCUGACAUCACUGACAUCAGUUAGACGGUUUGUCCAGGCGUUCAGAGACAGAGGUCUGCCUCUCCAUGUUCUGAUUAACAAUGCUGGAACGAUGCUGGUUUCUGAGAGAAGAACAGAGGAUGGUUUCGAGCUCCACUUUUGCCUGAACUACCUCGGUCACUUCUUGUUGACCAACCUGCUGCUGGACGUGCUGAAGAAGUCAGGACGGCAGAGCUGCUGCUCCAGGAUCGUCAACAUGUCCUCUGCCACACAUUACGCAGGAGAGAUAGACAUGGAGGACUUAAACAGGAGGAGACGCUACAGUUCCCACGCUGCUUACGCCCAAAGCAAACUUGCUCUCGUCCUCUUUACCUACUACCUUCAAGAGCAGCUGGUGGCCGGAGGAUUUCCUGUGACGGUCAACGCUGUGGAUCCUGGGAUGGUGGACACGGCGCUGUACGAUAACCUCUGGAGCCUGGCAAAGAUGCUCAAGAAACCUGUGGCCAAGGUCUUCUUCAGGACUCCAGCAGAGGGGGCUUCUGUCUCUGUCUACGCUGCAGUGGCUGCUGAGAUGGAGGGGGUGGGGGGCUGUUACUUGUACAACGGAGAGAAGACGCAGUCCUCAGACGUCUCCUACGACUCCCAGCUGCAGGUGAAGCUGUGGAAGAAGAGCUGCGAGCUGGUGGGCCUUCAGGAGCCCUGAUGGACCUCCAAAACCUGGUCCAUCAUCAGGGACCAUCGAGGACAAGACUGAGCCCCGCCUCCCUUCAUUCAGAGGACUCCUUAAAGAAACACAACACCUGCUGCCUUUAAUGUGUCAGACUCAGAUCAUACUGAGAAAUGUGUCGACUCAGCUGUUUAUAACUUGAAAGUAACUUUAUGCAGAAUUUCACAUCAUUAUGUGAUUUAUUAGAGCUCAGAAUGAGUCAUGUCAAAUGCAAGCUUGGUUUUGAGCUCAAUAUCUGUCAAACUGACUGAACUGUAGCCGUUUAUGUGCUGGAAAAAUGAUUAAAAUCCAGGG